UUUGAUACAACAACGAGAGAAGUUUACGUGUUUAUUCAGGGAAGAAAGACGUUUCCCAAGAUCCUUCCGUCGUCCCAAACUCUGGCCUGAACCAUUGUGAAAGAAAGUCUUUUUUUUUCCCCGAGGAUGUCAUCCCCAAACGGCACGGCUGUAUUCCUCCCUCCGUCGGCCGCUCAAGGUCUGGCGAACUACCCCCACGCCCGGGCCACACCGAACGACACCACAUCGACCACCCUGUACGUGUCCGGCACCUCUUCGCGAAGAGGGGACGGAACAUACGCAGGGUAUUCGGUGGGCGGCGACGGAAGAGCGGUGUUGGACGUGGCCGAACAGACGACGGCAGUUCUGACCAACAUCAAGCGUGUCAUCGAGACCGCCACCGACGGCAAAUGUGGGCUCGAGAGUGUCAUCGAGGCGACCAUAUUCCUGACCGACAUGAAGGAUUACAAACGGAUGAACGACGUAUGGAACACGUUCUUCCCGGAACGGACAGCGGCCCCUGCGCGAACCUGUGUCCAGGUUGCGGCCCUCCCAAACGAAAAGUUGUGCGUCGAGAUCAAGUCCAUAGCUAUCGUCCCCGUCGACGUACGGUCUUCUUGAAUGAUCGCCCAAAAAGGAAAAGUAUCGAAGGAGCCUACUUGGGUUCUCACGUAGAGAGAGAGAGUCUUUCUAGUCUCAGAAGCCACAGGAUUUUACUCUGUACACUACGUACGAUCCACGUAUCGAUUACGGUUGAACUGUCU